AGAACAGGCCCCGGUGGCCCGUGCAAGCCGGGCUCAGGGCCAGUCCACCGUCUCAACGCGCUCAAGCCAGCCAUGCGUCCCGCGUCCGCUCCGGCGCCCAAGUGGCUGCUUCUCGCCCUGAGCGCGCUGCUGCCACUGUGGCCCACAGCCAGAGCCUGGGAGCUCACAAUCCUGCACACCAACGACGUACACAGCCGGCUGGAACAGACCAGCGAUGACUCUACUAAGUGCCUCAACGCCAGCUUGUGUGUUGGCGGCGUGGCGCGGCUUUUCACCAAGGUGCAGCAGAUCCGGCAGGAGGAACCUAAUGUGCUUCUGCUCGAUGCCGGCGACCAGUACCAGGGCACCAUUUGGUUCACCGUUUACAAAGGCCUUGAAGUGGCACACUUCAUGAACAUCCUGCGCUACGACGCCAUGGCACUGGGAAACCAUGAAUUUGAUAACGGUGUGGAAGGACUGAUUGAUCCCCUCCUCAGAAAGGUCAAAUUCCCAAUUCUGAGUGCAAACAUUAAGGCACGGGGUCCACUAGCAUCUCAAAUAUCCGGACUUUAUUUGCCAUAUAAAGUUAUUUCUGUUGGUGGUGAGAAUGUGGGCAUUGUUGGAUACACUUCACAGGAAACCCCGUUCCUCUCAAAUCCAGGGACAAAUUUAGUCUUUGAAGAUGAAAUCACUGCAUUGCAGCCUGAAGUAGAUAAACUCAAAACUCUAAAUGUGAACAAGAUCAUCGCACUGGGACACUCUGGUUUUGAGAUGGAUAAACUCAUUGCUCAGAAAGUGAGAGGUGUGGACAUCGUGGUGGGAGGACACUCCAACACCUUUCUUUACACAGGAAAUCCACCUUCCAAAGAAGUGCCUGCUGGGAAGUAUCCAUUCAUAGUCACCUCCGACGAUGGACGGAAGGUCCCUGUGGUCCAGGCCUAUGCUUUUGGCAAAUACCUAGGCUAUCUGAAGGUUGAGUUUGAUGACAAGGGAAAUGUCGUCAGUUCAUAUGGAAACCCCAUCCUUCUGAACAGCAGCAUUCCUGAAGAUCCAGCCGUCAAAGCAGACAUUAACCAAUGGAGGGUAAAGUUAGAUAACUAUUCUACCCAGGAGCUGGGGAGAACAAUCGUCUACCUGGAUGGUUCCACUCAGACAUGCCGCUUCAGAGAAUGCAACAUGGGCAACCUGAUCUGCGAUGCCAUGAUUAACAACAACCUCAGACACCCAGAUGAAAUGUUCUGGAACCACGUAUCCAUGUGCAUUUUAAACGCAGGUGGCAUCCGGUCCCCCAUAGAUGAGAAGAACAAUGGCACAGUCACGUGGGAGAACCUGGCUGCUGUGCUGCCCUUUGGAGGGACAUUUGACCUGGUCCAAAUAAAUGGUUCCACCCUGAAGAAGGCGUUUGAGCACAGUGUGCACCGCUACGGCCAGUCCACUGGGGAGUUCCUGCAAGUGGGUGGAAUUCAUGUGGUGUACGAUGUUUCCCGAAAACCCUGGAACAGAGUAGUCCAACUAGAGGUUCUUUGCACUGAGUGCCGAGUGCCCGUUUAUGAGCCCCUUGAAAUGAAUAAAGUGUAUAACGUGACCCUCCCAAGCUAUCUGGCCAAUGGUGGAGAUGGAUUCCAGAUGAUAAAAGAUGGAUUAUUAAAACAUGACUCUGGUGACCAAGAUAUCAGCGUGGUUUCUGAAUACAUCUCAAAAAUGAAAGUAGUUUAUCCAGCAGUAGAAGGGCGGAUCAAGUUCUCUGCGGGAGGCCAUCACCAGGGAAGCCUUCCUUUAGUAAUGCUUUCGUUUUGGGCAGUGAACCUUGUUUUGAACCAAUAAGGGGAAGUCUCCUUGUCCUUGAUGUUAAACUGCAUUUUUCUUCCAGUGAUAUUCAACUCUGCCUCUGGAGACAUGGCUUUGUAACGGUGCUCACCAUCCUCAAGGCUCCUAGCCGAUGCUCAAAGUGCUUCUCAAGGAAGAGACUAUAGCAUCAUUUGUCAGGGCCAGCAACUCAGUGAGCAGAUAAAAAGUCAAACUGAAUUAAAGGGUCCUUCUGGGACAUGUGGGCAAAAAAAAACAAAACA